AUGUUUUCUUCGGCACGAUGCCUCCUCCGGUCGUGUUUCUCCUCCCUUAACGUCGGCGCGUCGUCUUCUCUCCAGUCGGCGUCCUCUCUCCUCCCUCGUACCCUCCCUUCCGCUCGUCACUACGCGUCAGAGGCCUCCUCAGAGAUUUCCGCGGCCCUCUCGCGAGACCCCAACGCCUUCAAGAAGUACAAGCCCGUUUCGCCAGGUAUCCGUCACCUCAAGCGGCCCAUCUACCCCCACCUCUACGAGGGCCGGCCCCUCCGCCAGCUCACCGUCCCGCUCCGCAAAAAGGGCGGGCGCAACAACACCGGCCGCAUCACCACGCGUCAUCGCGGCGGAGGGCACAAGCAGCGUCUCCGCCUGGUCGACUUCAUGCGCAGCGAGCCCGGCAAGUGCGACGUCGUGCGCAUCGAGUACGACCCCGGCCGCUCGGCGCACAUCGCGCUCAUCAAGAACCGCAACCCGGACCUGCCCGGAGAGAAGGUGUGGAGCUACAUCCUCGCGCCCGACACCCUGCGUGCUGGCGACAUUGUGGAAAGCUUCAGGGCGGGGAUUCCGGACGGCAUCGUGCCUGGCAUGGACCUGAAGGAGCUCAUGGGCGUGAACACGCAGGACAAGUCGUUGGUGUCCUCCAAGGCCCUCGCGCAGGGUCUCCUCCGCUCCGUCGUCAUCAAGCCCGGCAAUGUCGUUCCCCUCCGCCUCAUCACCCCCGGCACCGUCAUCCACAACAUUGGUCUCAACCCUCAAGGCCCUGCCCGGCUCGUGCGUUCCGCUGGAACAAUGGGCCAGCUCGUUCUGCACGAGGAGGGUGGCCGCUACGCGCACGUUCGUCUUCAGAGCGGCGAAAUCCGCAAGAUUCUGCUCGACUGCGUCGCGACGAUCGGCAAGGUCAGCAACCCGCUGUGGAAGAACCGGAACCUGGGCAAGGCUGGUCGUGCUCGCUGGCUUGGUAUCCGUCCUACUGUUCGUGGUAUGGCGAUGAACAGGUGCGAUCACCCUCACGGAGGAGGUCGUGGAAAGUCGAAGGGUAACAAGCAGCCACGCUCCAUCUGGGGCUGGAUCGCGAAGGGUGUGCGCACGCGUAGACCUGGGCCGAAGGGCCCGAAGAACAGCAACAAGAUGGUUGUUCGCGAGCGUCCUCGUGGUCGGGAGCAGGAGGGCAAGCUGAUGAAGACAUAG